GCAGGAGAGAGAGGAGGUGGGGAUGCUCAGAGGGGGCAGCCUGUUCCCCAGGAAUGUGCAGAGGCCACGGCUCCUCACCAGGCUGUUCCGGAUCUGGGGUCUGGGGCCGUGGUGCCCCAGGUUCCAGCAGGAGCCACUGAACCAUCCAGCAAGGGGAUUAGCAGGACUGGACAAUCCACUUGUACAGGAAGUCGUACCUGCUGCAAACUGGAAUCCCAUUUCCUUUCUGUCUGGCCUCCAGUCAGAAGACAGAAAACACCAAGGGUCAGAUCAGCAUUGUCUGCCCUGCUCACCCAGCCAUGGCUCUCGUCCCCCCAGGGACCCUGGCCCAGCUCUGAGCCCUGGGACCCCCAACCCCUCCCCUGGGCCAUGGCCAACUCGGGCCUCCAGCUCCUGGGCUACUUUCUGGCCCUGGGGGGCUGGGUGGGCAUCAUCGCCAGCACAGCCCUGCCACAGUGGAAGCAGUCCUCCUACGCGGGUGAUGCCAUCAUCACCGCCGUGGGCCUCUAUGAGGGGCUCUGGAUGUCCUGUGCCUCCCAGAGCACCGGUCAGGUGCAGUGCAAGCUCUACGACUCGCUGCUCGCCUUGGAAGGUCACAUCCAGUCCGCGCGAGCGCUCAUGGUGGUGGCUGUGCUCCUGGGCUUCGUAGCCAUGGUCCUCAGUGUCAUCGGCAUGAAAUGCACACGCGUCGGAGACAGCAACCCCAUCGCCAAGGGCCGCGUGGCCAUCUGCGGGGGAGUCCUCUUCCUCCUGGCAGGCCUCUGCACUUUGACUGCCGUCUCGUGGUAUGCCACCCUAGUGACCCAGGAGUUCUUCAACCCGAGCACACCUGUUAAUGCCAGGUACGAAUUUGGUCCGGCCCUGUUCGUGGGCUGGGCCUCUGCUGGCCUGGCCCUGCUGGGGGGCUCCUUCCUCUGCUGCACGUGCCCGGAGCCCGAGAGAGCCAACAGCAGCCCACAGCCCUACCGUCCCGGACCCUCGGCUGCCGCCCGAGAACCAGUUGUUAAGUUGUCUGCCUCCACCAAGGGCCCCCUGGGUGUGUAAUGUCCAGGUCCCCAGCCUGGCUCUGUUCCCUGCCAUUCCCAGACUGUCUGGUAUUUGCGGAAAGAGAAGUGAGCAUCCAGCCCCAAGUGUGGUGUCAUUUGGUCUGUCCCCGGCGUGGUUAGGGUGGGGCCUGGCUAAGAGGGGUCCAAGCUGGCCCCUGGGGACCUUGGGCAUAAAGACAGGGAGACAGAGGCUCAGUGUGGGUUACAUGGUACAUCCAAGGCUGAACAAGAAGUAACUGACAGCUCCUGCCCAAGUAACCUCCCCAGCCUGGUCUCGGGCUCGCACCAGGGCCUCUGGGAUGGGAGAUCCCAUCAUUGCAGAGGCUGCCCCUGAGGCCUGGUCAGGUGCUGGGAGCACACCCCAGGGUUAGGGGCCCAUGGUCUGAAGAGAGACAAGCCUGGCCUGUUUUCUCUGGUCUGCCCCAAGGACCCUGCUGAGAGAAGGAAUAAUCCUGGGGAUCCCUUCCAUGAGGUGCUGGGAAUGAGAGUUAGAGCAAGGGGACAUAGUGCAGGAGAAAGGGAACAUAGUGCUGAGUGGGGAAGGGAACAGGGGAAGGACACGAGGAUCUCUCUGGCAUUAGGACUGUCCUAAGCAAGGUCUGAAGCCCUCAGCUCGGUCUCCUGCCCCCAAUCCUGCCCCUGGCUUCCACAUCCACCAGGCAUUCUCCCCGAGUCUGCAGAAACCCCAACUGCAUCCCUGGAACCAGAGUAGGAAGGAGAGGCCUGAGGCUGCACUGAGACUGGAGCUGAGCUCCAGCCUGCACCCAGAAGUGAGGUCAGAGCUGGAAGAGCGUUGGUCUUGAACUCCAGGCAUCACCCUUCUUAGUAUAGAAGGGGGAAAGGCCCCAUAGGAGUGCAGGGAAAAUUAACCUCCCUUUCCCCAGCCAGAACAAGCUGGCCUUUCCCAUGCGCGAUUCUCUCCCAUCCCAGAUGUCUUACCCUGACGCUGUGGCUCUGUCUGGCCACUGCCCUGUCUCACUCCCAUAUGUACAACAACCUUCUGGAGAGAUUGUCCACAGUAGCCCCUCUUCCCUUGCUCCAUGACCGCUCCUCUGCCCACUCCAUUCUGGCCUCCUCCACCACCUCUCGGGACCACGUCUUGCACCUGGUCACCACAUCCCAAGGACACAGCUCAGCCUUCUGCCUUGAGCUUGACUCCGAGAGACAAGUGACCAAAAUCAAGUCAGACGGGGUAACUGUCAGACUCCAACAGGGUUUGGGGAUGAGAGGAGAGAAACAAGCAGUGGGGAGCUGCUGGGGGAUUGUCUACUCGGGACACCGGUCUGGCAGCUGCUGCACAUCCACAGGCACUUCGCUAGUAGCUGUUUUGUGCAGGCAGUCAGGCCCCCGGCCACCGGGGCUUGGUCCAGGGGUAGGUACCUGACCCAAAAUGGCUUAAUCAGAGAACUACCCCUAGAAUUAUGGAUGGGAAUAAGAAAGAGUCUCACUGGGUGCCUGAAGCUGCAACACAGUGGUUCUCAACCCUGGAGGCACAGGAGAAUCCCUGGGAACCCAGAGAUCCUGACCCACCUGGUUUAGAGGAUCUGGUGUCUGAGUUUACAUAGGCUCCCUGGUGCCUGCGGUAUGUGGUCAGCACGGAGACCUCUGUGAGGCUUAAAACUCAGGGCUAUUGGGGGACACAUUUCUUGCCACUCUGAAGGGUUCUGCAAGGGGAGGAAAGGGCCUAGCAGAAGGGAGGGGAGGAAAGAAAAGACGGAGAGGGAAACCCCAUGUCAUUCCGGCCUUUCCUGGGACCAAGCUGUGCUGCGAGAGGCCCACAUCCUUCCAAUAUAUUCCCCUCUCUGCUUAAACAGUUUUGAGUUUUAUUUCUGUCACACAAUCAAAAGAGCCCAACGGGCACCGAAUGUGGAACCUGGAAAUCAAGCAGUGCAGUGAUGGGUUCUGCACCGCAGUGCAGGAUGCAGGCCUGGGAGGACCCACCUCCCCACUGCAGGCCAGGAACUCAGCACUCCUUGCUAUUUGGUCCCGGAGCAGGUGGCCAGGAACCCAUGUGCUGGCUCUUAAGUUUCGGGGACUUGGUAGAAAAUGUCAAGAUGGAAUGUGGGAGCUACUUCUUGUAGAUUUUCAGUGACAGGCUGCAGGAGACAAGCUCCACCCAAGUGGCUGGGCCUGAAGCAGGGCAGGGACAAUCUCCACUCUGCUCUUUGGUUAAGGGAAGCCCUUCCUGCCUGUAGCCAGGGAUUCGAGAUGCUGAGAGGCAGAAACCACGUACCUUGCUGAACUGCACAGGCCAGUGACUGUACAGACGAAACAAAAUAGUGGGAUCCCAGCCUGGGAAGAUAUCUGGGAGAAGCUAGAGGAGUUUAGGGAGCCUAAUCCCAUAGGCCUCUCCUGAAGCAACUCCAACUGUGCCUCGAUUUCUCAGUCUCUCUCUCUAAACCCCCACCUACUCCCCACAUGCAUGACCCCUUUCAAAUGUCUGCAUCAAGGUGACUUGGGUGGCCAGCCAGGGGCCUGGCCAAUUUCUCAGUCUCAGGGCCAGGCUGUGGUUUACUGUCCUAGCCUCAAGUCCCCAGGACCAGGCAGACACUCAGGAAGGGGGGAUCCGACUCAAAGGGCACGAUUCGAAGCCUUUUGCCAUUGUUUAUUAGCAAACAGAGUUCUCCAAGAAUGAAACUGGCAGUCCACAAAAUGCGGUUCUAGGAGGAAUAUACCUACGUGCUGAGGCUCUGAGGAAAGCCCCAGAGCAAAGUAGUACAGCAACAAAAAGGUGUUCAGCUGUGGAGAAGCUGCCCAGGGAGCUCAUCUAUGGCCUGAGAAGAGGGUCAGAAACAGGCAUCUGAGAAAUUGGCAUAUGGACCGAGUAUUAGGCGAUAUUAAGGAAUUUUUGUUAAUUUUGUGUGAUAAUGAAACUGUCAAAAAAAAAAUCCUUAUCUGUUAGAAGUACAUGAUGAAAUGACAUAAUGACUACAUUUGCUUCAAAAUACUCUAGGAACCAAAAGUUCAGGGCCAAAGAAUGUCAUAAAAUAAAGAUAGGCAAAAUGCCAAUUUAGGGUUCACUCUUCUAUUUGUGUAUAUGUUUGCAAAUAAAAAAAAAUUAAGAAGUUUAAAAUGCCUCUAAGAUUUGCUGGUUGUAUCAUUUAAUAUACUCCCUGCUGACCAGUGGACUAAGGAUGACAAAUAUUCUUGAGACUUACUACUCAAAAGUGCAGUCCUUGGCAGCACCAUAUCCCCUAGAAACUUGUUAGAAAUGCAGAAUCUCAGGCCCUAUCCCAGACCUAGUGAGUUAGAGUCUGUAUUUUAAUGGAGAUUUAUAUGCAAAUCAGAGUUUGAGAAACACUGGUCUACUGGUUAGGAAGAACUGUGUGGUACUUCUUUUCAAAAUUAGAACUUCAACAGAACUUAUGGUGUUUUCA